GCCCACAGCCGAGCGCGCCCCAGCCUCGCCCCGGGGCCGGGGAUGCGGCCCCGGCCUGGGGGACACACGGGCGCCGGUGGCCCCCCAGCGACUUCGGCCCCCGCACCCGCACGCGCCCCGCCCGGCCCCGACGAUGAAGCGGGCGUCCUCGGGAGGGAGCCGGUUGCUGGCCUGGGUGCUGUGGCUGCAGGCCUGGCAAGUGGCAGCACCGUGCCCUGGUGCUUGCGUGUGCUACAAUGAGCCGAAGGUGACCACUAGCUGCCCGCAGCAGAAUCUCCAUGCCGUGCCCGUGGACAUCCCCGCCUCCAGCCAGCGCGUCUUCCUGCACGGAAACCGCAUCGCACACAUCCCCGCCGCGGGCUUCCGUGCCUGCCGCAACCUCACCAUCCUGUGGCUGCACUCGAACGCUCUGGCCCGCAUCGACGCCGCGGCCUUCACGGGCCUGGCCCUCCUGGAGCAGCUGGACCUCAGCGACAACGCACAGCUUCGAGCCGUCGACCCCACCACGUUCCGGGGCCUGAGUCGCCUGCACACGCUGCACCUCGACCGCUGCGGCCUGCAGGAGCUGGGCCCGGGCCUGUUCCGUGGCCUGGCCGCCCUUCAGUAUCUCUACCUGCAGGACAACGGGCUGCAGGCGCUGCCCGACGACGCCUUCCGCGACCUGGGCAACCUCACGCAUCUCUUCCUACACGGCAACCGCAUCCCCAGCGUGCCCGAGCGGGCCUUCCGAGGCCUGCACAGCCUCGACCGCCUGCUGCUGCACCAGAACCGCGUGGCCCGCGUCCACCCGCAAGCCUUCGGGGACCUGGGCCGCCUCAUGACUCUCUACCUAUUCGCCAACAACCUGUCAGCGCUGCCCGCCGAGGCCCUGGCCCCCCUGCGCUCUCUGCAGUACCUGCGGCUCAAUGACAACCCCUGGGUCUGCGACUGUCGUGCUCGCCCGCUCUGGGCUUGGCUGCAGCAGUUCCGUGGCUCCUCGUCCGAACUGCCCUGCCGCCUGCCUGCCCACCUGGCCGGCCGUGACCUCAAGCGCCUGAGCGCCACCGACCUGGAGGGCUGUGCAGUGGCCGCAGGGCCCUCCCGCCCCGUCUGGACCAGUGGAGGCCAGGACGAGGACACCCUGGGCCUGCCGAAAUGCUGUCAGCCUGAUGCAGCGGACAAGGCCUCGGUGCUGGAGGGCAGGAGCCCAGCCUCUGGGGGCAACUCGCUCAAAGGACGGGUGCCUCCUAGCGAUGGCCAGCCAGGCAAUGCCUCGGGCCCACGGCACAUCAAUGACUCCCCCUUCGGGACCCUCUCUGGCUCCCUGGAGCCCCCUCUGAGCGCACUGCCGCCUGAGGGCUCUGAGGCCCCCAGCCACCCAACCUCUGGGCCUCGACGGCGGCCAGGCUGUUCCCGAAAGAACCGAACCCGCAGCCAGUGCCGCCUGGGCCAGGCAGGUGGCGGUGGCCCUGGUGCAGGUGAUGCAGAUGCCGAGGGCUCCGGUGCCCUGCCCAGUCUCGCCUGCAGCCUCGCCCCUCUGGGCCUCGCUGUGCUGCUGUGGACGGUGCUCAGGCCCUGCUGACCGGCCCGGCUCACCUCCCGAGCCCUUCUCAGCCACCAGGUGUGUGUUGUGUACAUACGGGGUUCCCUCCGCACCACCAGCCAGCACCGGGUAUCCAGGCCCUCCUUGACCUGACGGACUCUCCCCCCCCCCCCCCUUCGGCCUUCCCAUUCUUCCACCCCCACCAUGUUUACAGGGUGAGGAGGAGCGUUUGUUGCAGAACGCGGCCUCACGCCCGGAUCGCGGUAUAUAGAGAUAUGCAUUUUAUUUUACUUGUGUAAAAAUAUCGGACGACGUGGAAUAAAGAGCUCUUUUCUUA